AUGUCUCUAGCAUCGCCCACUCUCUGUGCUCAAGGGCCAGAGAACCGCCCACCCUCUGUGCUCAAGGGCCAGAGAACCGCCCACCCUCUGUGCUCAAGGGCCAGAGAACCGCCCACCCUCUGUGCUCAAGGGCCAGAGAACCGCCCACCCUCUGUGCUCAAGGGCCAGAGAACCGCCCACCCUCUGUGCUCAAGAGCCAGAGAACCGCCCACCCUCUGUGCUCAAGGGCCAGAGAACCGCCCACCUUCUGUGCUCAAGGGCCAAAGAACCGCCCACCCUCUGUGCUCAAGGGCCAGAGAACCGCCCACCUUCUGUGCUCAAGGGCCAGAGAGCCGCCCACCUUCUGUGCUCAAGGGCCAGAGAACCGCCCACCUUCUGUGCUCAAGGGCCAAAGAACCGCCCACCCUCUGUGCUCAAGGGCCAGAGAACCACCCACUCUGUGCUCAAGGGCUAGAGAACCGCCCACCCUCUGUGCUCAAGGGCCAGAGAACCACCCACUCUGUGCUCAAGGGCUAG